CGGUCUUCUUCCUCGCCUUCACACCUUCUGACAUUUGCGAUUCAUUUACCGUACCGUGAACGACGACCGCCGCCCUCCGGCCUCCGGGUCGCCCCCCCCUGGAUUCGCGCCCGCGCCACCGCGUCUCCGGAUCCUCUCGGAGGUGAGCUCGUGGCUAGAGCGAUGCCUUUUGUGGGUACGAUGGAUUUCGUGCUUGCCCUUCGCCUGGUCGAGUUCCUGGCGUGCGAAUCUCUGGAUUAUUAUUAGGGGCAUUCCGUCCGUGCAGCGGGGUCCUCGUGCCCGUUUCGAUGCGUCUGCGCGCAAGAAAUCGCUGUCCCGGGUCGUCACUCGCCGCGGCCGUCGACGUCGAUCUCGGGUGUAUGUCCGCGCCGGCCGCUUCUGGGAUUUCUCGCGGAGACGGCUCCCCCGUGAUCCGCUCACGGGCUGCUUUCUUUCGUGGCUCAAAGCUUUUUCCCGAUUCCUAUCUGCUGCUGAGGGAGAUGCAUAUAAUCUGAGCUGCUCGUGAAGUGUCCAGAAGAGGUUCCUUUUUUUUUCGUGCGUGUAUAAUGGAGGAAGUGGAGGAGGCGAACAGGGAAGCCGUGGAGAGCUGCCGCAGGGUGCUAGCCUUGCUCUCCCAUCCGCAUGACCCCGCGCAGGUCAGGAGCAUAGCUCUGGGGACGGACGAAGCAUGCACCAAGUUUAGGAAGGUGGUCUCCCUGCUCAGCAAUGGAGAAGUAGGAACAGGAGAAGCCGGACCAUCAGGCACAAGCGCAAGCGCAAGCCAUCCUAGAGCUAAGCUUGUUAGCAGAAGACAGAAUCCAGGGUUCUUGACUCAGAAAGGCUUCCUGGACAGUAACACCCCGGUCGUGGUGCUGAACAGCGCCGCCCAUCCUUCUCCGACCUCCGCGCAGGUGCAUCCAAGAGCCGGAGCAUUGGAUACGGAGGGCGUGCACCCCCUCGGAGUUGGAGGACCUCCCAAGCUGGUCCAGCCUUUGUCCGCGCAUUUUCAGUUCGGCAAUGUGUCGUCGAGGUAUCAGCAGUUACCGAGUCAUCAUCAUCGUCAUCAGCAGCAGGAGAAGCUGCAGGCCGCCGAGAUGUUCAAGAGAAGCAACAGCGGGAUAAACCUGAAGUUCGAGAGCGCCAGCGGCACGGGUACAAUGUCGUCGGCGAGGUCCUUCCUGUCGUCUCUGAGCAUGGAUGGCAGCGUGGUGGCUAGCCUGGAUGGCAAGCUGCCGUCGUCGUCGUCAUCGUUCCGUUUGAUCGGUGCGCCUGCAAUGAGCGAUCCGGCGAACGCCGCGCAGCAGGCCCCGAGGCGGCGGUGCACGGGCCGCGGGAAGGACGGGACUGGCAAGUGCGCUUUGGCGGGCAGGUGCCAUUGUUCAAAGAGAAGUAAGAAGUUGCGGGUGAAGAGGUCGAUUAAGGUUCCUGCCGUUAGUAACAAGAUCGCUGAUAUACCUCCGGAUGAGUACUCGUGGAGGAAGUAUGGGCAGAAGCCGAUCAAGGGUUCCCCUCAUCCUAGGGGCUACUACAAAUGCAGCAGUGUGAGGGGCUGUCCAGCUAGGAAGCACGUGGAACGGUGUGUGGAUGAUUCGGCGAUGCUCAUCGUGACAUACGAGGGCGAGCACAACCACACCGGAAUGCCAGCUCAGUCAGCAGCAGCAGCAGCACAGGUGUAGCCGUGUAGUCGUAGAGAACUCAUCAUCAGUUCAUCACUGCACCCCCGCCUCCCCCUCCUUGAGGACGAAGUGGCACCACCAACAUGGCCUCUGUUGGUCACCAGGUCGUCGAGAUGUCUGGUCCUGCUUGCGCCCACAAGAUCUGUAGCGAGAAUGGAGUGUGGGUGUACACAAGACUUUCUAAUCCAUUUGUGGGGGCAGCUGGCUGUCGCUCAGGAUUAUUUAUUGUGGUCUUGUUGAGAGGUGGAAGGGAGAAAGUAAAAGUUUGGCGGGAACGGGAUAGCCGUGUAAACUACUUGUUCAUAGCACAAUCGUCAGCGGCACUGCCUUCGUUUC